AUGUCAGACACGGAACUUGACGCUGGUCUCUUCGAGGAACCAGAGGAUUUCAGACCUCCUCCACCCGAGUCGCAUUUUGUCGAGUACGAGCGGCCCAACGACAAAGGAACAAUCAGGCUAAAGCUUGUUGGAAAAUCUCCAUUAUGGGGCCAUUUGCUCUGGAAUGCCGGCAAAUACACAGCUAACUACCUCGACGAACAUGCUGACGAGCUAGUUAAAGGCAAGAAGGUGUUGGAAUUAGGCGCUGCUGGUGCUCUUCCAUCCCUUGUUUGUGGAGUUAACGGAGCUUCAAAAGUGAUCAGCACAGACUACCCAGAUCCAGACUUGGUGAGCCACAUCCAGUAUAAUAUAGACCACUGUGAAGGGUUUCCAGACGGAACGGUUGUCAAAGCUCAGGGAUACAUUUGGGGCAAUGACGUCAAUGCCCUUUGCUACGACGACAAGGAAGAAGGAGAUUUGCCUACAGAGGUCAAGGAAGAGGAUAAGUUCGAUUUGAUCAUUCUUUCGGAUCUUGUCUUUAACCAUACAGAGCAUUUGAAGCUACUCAAAACGUGCAGACUCUCUCUUAAAUCUACAGGUGUUGGUCUCGUGGUCUUCAGUCCUCACAGACCGCAUCUCUUGGAGAAAGACCUAGAGUUCUUCGAAACCUGUGAACAGUUUGACUUCAAAGCAGAGAAGAUUGCUUGUGUAAACUGGAAGCCAAUGUUCGAGGAGGACGAGGCCACAGCGGAAAUCCGCUCAAGGGUCUACUGCUUCAAAAUCCAUCCGCAAUGGAAAUAG